AUGGGUGAGAAGAAUAUAACGUCACCAACUUACUUCACCCUGCUGGGACUCACAAGGGUGCCAGAGCUGCAGUUUCCUCUAUUUAGUGUCUUCCUCUACAUCUAUGGAAUCACAGUGGUGGGUAAUGUGGGCAUGAUUGUUCUGACCAAGUUGGACUCCUGUCUGCACACACCUAUGUAUUUUUUUAUCAGACAUCUAGCUUUCAUUGAUCUUGGCAAUUCCACUGUCAUUUGUCCUAAGAUGCUGGUCAAUUUUGUUGUGGAUCAGAAUACUAUUUCCUAUCAGGCAUGUGCCAUGCAGCUGUGCUUCUUCCUUAUGUUCAUCAUCAGUGAAUUCUUCAUCUUGUCAGCUAUGGCCUAUGACCGCUAUGUGGCCAUCUGCCACCCUCUGCUCUACAACAUCGUCAUGUCCCAGAGACGCUGUCAUGUGCUAGUGGGUGCUACAUACCUCUACAGCACCUUUCUGUCUCUGAUGUUCACAGCUAGGAUCUUUACACUGGACUUCUGUGGCUCCAACAUCAUCAGGCAUUUCUAUUGUGAUGAUGUCCCUCUGUUACCUAUGCUUUGCUCCAAUCCACAGGAAAUACAGUUGUUGAUCAUAUUCUUUUCAGCAUUCAACUUGAUUUCCUCACUCCUGGUAGUUCUCUUAUCCUACGUGCUGAUUGUCAUAGCCAUAUGGAAGAUGAAUUCAGCAGAGGGAAGGAAGAAAGCUUUCUCUACCUGUGGAUCCCAUCUGACAGUGGUAGUGGUCUUCUAUGGAUCUCUCCUCUUUAUGUACUUGCAGCCUGAAUCUGCUCAUUCCUUUGAGACUGAUAAAAUCGCCUCUGUGUUUUACACUCUAGUGAUCCCCAUGCUCAACCCCUUGAUUUACAGUUUUAGGAACAAAGAGGUGAAAAAUGCCUUCCACAGGGUCUUCAAGAAACAAUGCAAAUUUUAA